GAACGUAUAGCGUCGUAUUGGUUUCCAGUUAGAGGCUGAGGUUUUGUAGUGUGUAGAGUAGGAGCGAAUAUUCAAGUGUAAAGAUGGUGGAUAAAUUUGUGGGAACAUGGAAGAUGGUUUCCAGCGAGAAUUUUGACGAAUACAUGAAGGCACUGGGUGUGGGUUUUGCCACUCGUCAGGUAGGAAACAGGACCAAGCCCAAUUUCAUUCUCAGCAUGGACGACCAAGGACUGAUAUGCAUGAAGUCGCAGAGCACUUUUAAAACUACUGAGGUCAAAUUCAAGCUCAAUGAAGCAUUUCAGGAGACCACUGCUGACGACAGAAAGACCACGACCGUGGUGAGCCUUGAGAACGACAAACUCAUGCAAAAACAGACCUGGGAUGGCAAAGAGACCACACUAGAGAGAGAAGUGACUGAUGGAAAAUUAAUAGCGACAUGCAAGAUGGGAGAUGUGGUGGCGGUGAGGACGUAUGUAAAAGAAGCAUGAUGAAAUGAUCCUGGCUUGAUAUUGGAGAUGCCUGGCUCAGUUCAAUGAGCAGUCAUUUAAUUUCCUUGUUUUCUUGUAUUCAUUUUUGACACCAAAGCCGUUGCAUUCCAGUGUAUUUUAAGAUGCAUUGAGAUUAAUCAUUGUGGUGCUUUGAAUAAAGUUUUGAUCAUAUCUGCCUUUAA